ACUCGUCAGAGAUUCCCUGUAACGCGGCAACAUGACGAAAUAACAGAGAAAGUUUGGGAUAAGCAGCAGAGAGCAAUACACGUCCAAGACUAGACGGUCGUUAUAACCCUUUUUAAAGGGGCUCCUCUCUCCAUCUCGCAGUCUCAAGACGUAAACCCUAGUGAACCCUCCCCCAGAAACAUUUGCCGACUAUUGCCUAGCUUACUGAAUCUCUCUCUCUCCUCUCUCUAUCAUCUUAAGGAAAAGUUGUGUAUAGCUUGAAGUCUCAAUUUUGGGUGGAUUAGUUCUGCUGAAAGUUUCUGUUCCUUUGGGAGAUAAAAAGAGAAAUCAAAUGCCGGAAGAAGAUUUGGUGGAACUUAAAUUCCGGUUAUAUGACGGUUCAGAUGUUGGCCCGUUUCAUUACUCUCCAACCGCCACAGUCUCAAUGCUCAAGGAGAGAAUCCUCUCCGAGUGGCCCAAAGACAAGAAGAUUGUUCCAAGAACAGCUAAUGACAUCAAGCUGAUAAACGCUGGUAAGAUUUUGGAGAGCGGUAAAACUGUUGCACAGUGCAAAGCUCCAUUUGAUGAUCUCCCUAAAUCAGUCAUCACAAUGCAUGUUGUCGUGCAACCCGCUCCAACAAAAGCAAGACCAGGUCUUUGUUCUCUUGGUUUUCUUAUUACAAUCUUGUUUUUGUGGAAUGAAUGGUUUGUGAGUUCUUGAAAGAUAAAAUCUCCUAAUAUCAUUGGUUUCUUGUUGUAGAGAAGAAAAUUGAAGAGGAAGAAGUCCCACAGAGAAGCUUUUGCUCAUGUAUCAUUAUGUGAUAAUGAGUUCAAUAUUAUGUAUUCAUCAGAAGUUCAAAAGAAAGCUUCAUCAGUGGCUUUACAAAACUGGGGCUAUUGAAUCUUUUUCUCUUGCAUUGUGAUGAAAACUCCUUAAUUAUAUAUAUAGAAGAGUUCAAUUUUA